CCCAUCUGUUUUUUCUCAGAAUCUCCAUUUCUCUUGCUUCUUCUCAACCUACCCGCACGACCGCCGUCGCCUGCCGCCUCGACCAGCUCCGGCGCUGCCUCCUCUACCGCCGCCCCGACACCUCUCUCAACCGCCGUCGUCUCCGCCUCCAACAGCCGCUUCCGUCGUAUCAACCGCCGUCCUCAACCGCCGCCUCCGUCAGCCGCCGCUGCCGCAUCAGCAGCCGCGGCCUUCCUCAACCGCCGACUCCGUCAGCCUCCGCUGCCGCGUAUACCGCCGACUGCGGGCUCCCCUCGACGCGGGGCGCCGGAUCCACUUCGCCUUCCGGGUGCCAUCGCCGCCCCGUCCAGAUCCGGGUUGAUGGAGAAUUUCUCCCCGAGUACUUUGCUCAACAGUAUCUCACAUCUUAGCGUCUUAACUUCUGAUGGCUCUACCGCAAGACCCAAACCUAUUCAGAAGUACUGCCAAAAUGUAUGUGAUAUCUCAAGCAUUGUGAGCCCUCUCAUAGAGGAAAUAUGCAAGUCUCCUGACGAGCAACUCAAUGAGGUGUUAAGGGAUCUUGACACUGCUAUCAAUGAAGCAUCAGGGCUUAUUGGGAACUGGCAACAAACGACCAGCAAAAUAUAUUUUGUUUGGCAAAUUGAAUCGGUGAUCUCAGAUAUUCAGGGAUGCUCCCUUCAGCUGUGCCAGCUUGCUAAUUCUCUGUUACCUUCUCUAACUGGUUGCGCCUGCAUCUGUAUUGAGAAACUCCAAGAUAUAAAUUAUGAGCACAUGUUUGAUUUGGUGAAAGAGGUUGCAAUAGAGCUAACUAUGGGGACACAAAGUCAUGAGAAUCUGUUGAAAGUAUCGGUUGCAUUGAGCCUCUCAACUAACCUUGAAUUAUACAUGGAAGCUGUUUCCCUUGAGAAUCUCAAAGCAAGGGCAAUACGCAGUGAAAACCGUGAAGAACUGGAUCUAGUUGAGCAGAUGAUCCCAAUGGUCAAUUAUAUGCAUGAGCGCCUUCUCAGAGAAACAAAAUUGCUUAGCAACUACCCGGUGUCCGUUCCUGGUGAUUUUUGUUGCCCACUUUCCCUGGAGCUGAUGUCUGAUCCUGUUAUUGUAGCAUCUGGUCAGACCUAUGAGCGGGUUUAUAUCAAGUUGUGGCUUGAUGAGGGUUUUACUAUCUGCCCAAAGACACGGCAAAGGCUUAGUCACUCCAAUUUAAUCCCUAACUACACCGUGAAAGCUUUGAUAGCUAACUGGUGCGAGUUGAAUGACAUUAAGCUACCUGAUCCUGUGAAAUCCUUGAAGCUGAACUUUCCUUCAGCAGCCUCCUCCACUCAAGAUUUGAGCGCCACAGGCAACAGCCCUCUACAUCCUAGUGUAGCUAGGGGUAAUAAUAUUCCUGGGUCCCCAGAAACUGAAAUAUAUAUGAGAAGCUUGAAUAGAGCUUCUCCCCCCAGUGUGGUCCAUCAGAACUUUGAUGCAUCUGUGAAUCGCCCUGGUCAUGAGACCUCCACUAAUCAAUCUUCAGAAUACACAAAUGGCUCCGCAGAUAUUGCAAGGUUAUCUCUUGCAAGUUCUGAAGCAAGAGAUAGUUUGGUAGAAAGACAAGCUGGUUCUCACCUACAAACUUCAGAACAAUCAACAGAGGACACAUUUCAAGCAUCUGACGUGAACAUGGAUUCACGUGACCAUGUAGGCAGUUCAUCAAUGAAUGGUAGUCUUCCCAAUAGCGGCCAACUUGAUGGGGAAUGUGACGUCAACAAUGGGGUGAUGAGAGUCCCAAGUGAUAGGACAAAUUACAGUAGCGAUGCAUCUGGAGAGGUUGCAGAUGGUGGGCCUGCAGCCUCUUCUGCUCCUCAAAGGGAAAAUUUAAUCCUACCAAGAUUGGGUGAUGUCCGCAUGAGAGGGCAAUUUGUUAGGCGGCAAUCAUCUGACAGAGGAUUUCCCAGAAUAUCUUCCUCAUCCAUGGAUUCUCGGAGUGAUCUUUCUGCCAUUGAGAAUCAGGUUCGUAGGCUAAUCGAGGAUUUGAGGAGCGAUUCCAUCGAAGGCCAGAGAUCAGCAACAUCAGAGAUUCGCCUUCUUGCUAAGCACAACAUGGAAAACAGGAUUGUCAUUGCAAAUUGUGGGGCUAUAAACAUGCUGGUUGGUCUUCUUCAUUCACCAGAUGCCAAAAUCCAAGAAAAUGCAGUGACAGCCCUCCUCAAUUUGUCAAUCAAUGAUAACAAUAAGAUUGCCAUUGCAAAUGCUGAUGCUGUUGAACCUCUCAUCCACGUCCUUGAAACAGGGAACCCUGAAGCUAAAGAGAAUUCCGCAGCUACUUUAUUCAGUCUCUCAGUUAUUGAAGAAAACAAAGUGAGAAUUGGACGAUCUGGUGCCGUCAAGCCUCUUGUAGACUUGCUGGGAAACGGGACCCCACGAGGAAAGAAAGAUGCAGCUACUGCAUUGUUUAACUUAUCCAUACUCCAUGAGAACAAGGGUCGUAUUGUGCAAGCUGAUGCUGUGAGGCACCUAGUUGAUCUUAUGGACCCUGCUGCUGGAAUGGUUGACAAAGCUGUUGCUGUCUUGGCAAAUCUUGCUACCAUACCAGAAGGGAGGACUGCAAUUGGGCAGGCACGCGGCAUUCCAUCCCUUGUUGAAGUUGUUGAACUGGGUUCAGCAAGAGGGAAGGAAAAUGCUGCCGCGGCAUUGCUUCAGCUUUGCACAAACAGCAACAGAUUCUGCAGCAUAGUUCUUCAAGAGGGUGCUGUGCCCCCUUUAGUUGCACUGUCACAGUCAGGAACGCCGCGAGCAAGAGAAAAGGCGCAAGCUCUUCUCAGCUACUUCCGCAGCCAAAGGCAUGGGAACUCAGCUAGGAGAUGAUCUUACCAGAAAUUUUUGUAGUGUACAUUAAGCAUCUCCUUGGGUUUCUAAAAUGGUAGCUGGUUAUCGCCAGUUGAUGUUAUGUACUGUCUAUAGUCAGAUUGAGAUUGUGCCCGUCUCAUGCAACUUCUGGUGGGCGUGCUUGGUUGUCGUCGUGGUGUUGAGAUGUUGUAUGUUUCGGAUGUUAUUCUUUGUACAGCUUGUCCAUCGGUAUCUAUUCUGCCGUGGUUUUGUUAUGUACAUCCUGUUAGCUGGCUGACAUUCUGGUUGUUUCAGUGCUUGUUAUCUCAAGUUAAUAUUGCCUCA